CAUAAAGCCCCCACCCCAUCUACUUCGGCUCAGACCACUGCCAGAAAUGGAGGUUCAAUGCAGUCCUCUUGGAUGGGAAUUCUGCUACCAAGAUGAUCGGGGAGUUGAAGAGUUAAGACAUUCUCUCUUGUACACAACCUUGGAGUUAGAGACAACACUUGUAGCAGCUAAGGAGGAGAUCACAAGAAGAGAAUAUGAACUGAUCCAUCUCAAAGAUCUUUUGAGCAGGACCAUCAAAGAGAGAGAUGAAGCGCAGGCAAGAUGCCAUAAGCUAAUGUUGGAGAAACUCGUGCUCCAACAGCAGCAUCAACUACUAGAAGAGCAGCAACUAGCUGCUUCAAACAUUGAAGAUGAAUCAAAAGGCACCGACUCUAGCAAGCUUUCUAUCUCUUCUGACUGCCAUGGAAACAUCAUGUCCUCACCGGAAACUGACCCAAUUUCACAACCGCUGCCACAAGCCGCCUUGCAAUUAGUAUCUGAGAAGCCAUUGCCAGAAAAAGGGAAGCUCCUGCAGGCAGUGAUAGAAGCUGGACCACUCCUGCAAAACCUCCUCCUGGCCGGACCACUCCCUCGGUGGCAGCACCCACCUCCCCAACUUAACUCCAUUGAGAUUCCACCAGUGUCUAUCUCUUCCCCAUCACCACGUCUUGCACGCCAAGAUUCUUGCAUUAGUUUCAAUGGUUGUUUUAAUAACAUAUCUAAUGCUCUGUGAUGGCUCUGAUUAUUCCCCCAAGGCCAAGCAUUUGAGAGGUUGCUCUCCGUUGACCAACACCUAGCUAGCACUUUCAUCUAAUUUCUUACUACUCCCAUCCUUUUCAUACUAUCAAAACAUGAAAAGGUCAUUAACAUGAAAUGGAUGGUUAGCUGUUAUGCAUCAUUUUCAAAGUU